AUGUUUCGUAGUCGUCGUCUGUGGGAUUGGAAGUGCGGAAUGAUUCCUGUCUCGGGCCGGGUUGGACUGGUCCUGAGAGGGAUCCUGAGGCUAGGGAGGUUUGGGCAUUGGGUUGUGAGGGUCCGGAUUUGCUGUUUGAGGUUGAUAGGGUGGUGUUGA